AUGGCGAGCACCGCGCAAAAGACAUGGGAGCUGGAGAACCAGGUGGUUCAGAUUGACGACGCAGCAAUCUACGCUUUCGACCAGGCCGAGCAGGACGCCAUCUACGACAAGAAACCCUGGAGGGAAGACGUUCACUUCUUCAAGAAUGUGCGCAUGUCUGCCAUCGCGCUGAUCAAGAUCAUGAUGCACACGAAGUCUGGGGCACCGUUGGAGGUCAUGGGCCUGAUGCAGGGCAAGGUCACACCGGACAGGACCUUCAUCAUCAUGGAUGCUUUUCCUUUGCCUGUGGAGGGCACGGAGACUCGGGUGAAUGCCGGUGCUGGAGCGAACGAAUUCAUGGUGACAUUUACUGAGACGUGCGAAAGGAUUGGCAAAGUGGAGAAUAUCUGCGGCUGGUAUCACUCGCAUCCGGGCUAUGGCUGCUGGCUGAGUGGCAUUGACGUCCAAACUCAGAUGAC